AUGCCGAAACGAAAGCGCGAGACGACUGCCGCCUCCGGCAACCUUCCUCCUCCCGUCAUAAUGAACCCCGCGAAACAAGCCAAGUACUGCCAGAAGCGCCUCGAAGAUGCGCAAAAACCGCUGCUCCAAGCUCUGCGCCAUGCUUCACAGCUCGAGCGCCAGAAGUACAGUCGCAGAAAGAAGUAUGCGACCAAGAAGGGACAAAAGGAGGCAGUCUUUCGAUUGAACGCCGAGUACAAUGUCCUCAAGGCGCUCAACUUGGAGCAGCUGGGCGACCAGCAUUUGCGCAAAACUUUGUCACGGGUCAAAAGCUUGAAGGAUGCGGAGCCACUACAGGAAUACAUCUCCGGCAUCAGAGAAGGCAGCAAGGAUACCAGCACACUGAAUGUCACCGCGAGAAUGUUCAAAGUCGUACAAGUGAAGAAGGCCGUGGAUCAGGUCAUCGAGGACCUGAAGGGCAUACUUGGGGUCGACAAAGCCAAGGACAACGAAAAGGUGGAGGAGAUCGUUAAGGAAUACACGACAGAGGAGAUGAAGAAGCACAAGGAAGAAAAGAUGGCGAGGAAGGCGCAAAGGGUGAAGGCUGCUGACAAGAACGACGUGGAGAUGAAGGACGCGAGCGACGAGGCAGACGACCCGUACAUGGCCUUCAGCGCGCGGAUAGCUGAGCCGUCCUCGGGGGAAGAAGACGACGAGGGCUCGGUGUCCGGCGAUGAGCGACCGCCUAGUAUCGCAGACAGCGAGAGCGAACACGACCCUGACGCCGAUCUGGAAGCUGCCAGCGAGGACGAAGCGGAGGAAGUCGCACAACCAGACGACACUAGCGACGACGAAGAAGAGAACAGCGACACCGUAGCCAUCUCGCGAUCAGUAGCCCCUGCCUCCGACGAGUCCGCCGAUUCAGAUUCAGACUCUUCCUCCUCCGAAGCCACCGUUCCCACCAAAAAGACCAAAACCAAAGCCGCCCUCGAAAAGCCCACCUCCUCCGCCUUCCUCCCCGCCCUCAGCCACGCCGCCUACUUCUCCGGCUCCGAAUCCGAAGCCUCAGACCUAGACGCAGACAACGCACCGCGCAAGAACCGCCGCGGCCAACGCGCGCGCCAAAAGAUCGCCGAAGCGAAAUUCGGCGCCAAAGCCAAACAUCUCGAGAAGCAACAGCAGAACGUCAAAUUCGAUCCCAAACGCGGUGCCGUUGCCGGUGACGACAAGCGACAAAGAAGGGGCAAGCCGCUGGGCGGUCGGGGUGUGCAGCAAAGUGGAAGCAAUGCGGAGCCGUUGGGCAGGAAGGAUGAUAAGAAGGAUAGGAAGAUGGGGCUGGGUGUUAAGAGGGAUGAUAAGGGUGAGUUGCAUCCUAGUUGGCAGGCAGCGAAGUUGGCGAAGGAGAGCAAGAAGUUAAAGAUUGAUCUUGGGGGUAAGGGGCCUGCCGCAGGGAAGAAGGUGGUUUUUGAUUAG